AUAGUUUUUAGCCCUAUUCCGUGAAUUUAACUUUCGAUUUCACAGGGUGUUUUCGGUGAAUAAGGUGGACUAUUCGAUUGGUUUAGUUUUAUCAUAUGGAUCUGGACGCAUAUGUGGGCCUCACAAUACGGAAUACAUUAACCAAUCUUUUUAAAGAAAACUGACAAACCUUGGAGAUAAUUUAGCAGUAAGUGUGUAUAUGUUAACUAUAGGACACUCGAGCUUGAUACUAUAGUAGAUAUUACGUAUAAUGAUGGCCUAUUCUAGUAAUAAUUCUUAUGUGAAACAUAUUGUGAUGAGUAUUGUACGAUAUGGCAAUAUGGAUGAUAAUCGAGUGUUUAUCGACACAGAGAAACUAAGAAAUAUGAUAGGACAAACAGAACGAUCAAAUUUUAUCGCAAUUCUUCGGUCAAACCUGCAACGCUUUCGUGUAUCUUCUGACUGCAGAGAUGUUGAUUUGGUCGUUCAGGCAAAAAUAUGUCCCGAUUUUUCUUCUGGUUGUAACGAUAUCUAUUGUCAAAUGUUUCAUAUUUGCAAAUUUUACUUGUUAUCAGAUAUGUGUCAAGCGACAUCGUGCAGAUUUGGACAUAAUAUGCAUGAUGGAGGACACAACGAAAAUUUGCUGAGAUCUUUGGAUCUUGAACUUUUAUCAGAUGGGGAGCUUAGAGGUUUAUUUCGGCUUAGAUCAAACAGAACGGAAUGGACCACCCCUAGAAUUUGCUUCUUUUAUAACGAUGACGGGUGCAAGAGUAUGGAUAAUACUUGCAAAAUGCUUCACAUUUGCCGAAAUUAUAUUUACGGCACCUGUAGACGUGGGGAUGAAUGUGAUAAAAGCCACGACGUCCAACAUUUACAGGGAGUUUUGAGAAAAUAUGGCCUCGAUACUAGACGAACCCCACAGGACAUUUUAAUGAAUUUAAGAAGUUUGUAUCAAAUGUUUGGUAAAAGAAAAAAGAACAAGGCUACCGUCGCAGACCCUCUAAUACUGCAAAAUGGCCCCAAAAAUCGAGCCGCCCCAAAACAGAAUUCGCGAUCUUUAUCAAGACAACGUGAAAACCAAACAAGGAAUAGGUAUGUUGGCAUCACAGACCAACAAAAUGAAGUCAGGAAUGGGUCUGUUAACUUUGCCGGCCCCCUAAUGGCAAUACAACAUAAUGCAGCAAUGAUAAAUCCUAUUGGCAUCAUAGAUCCCCAUAUAGCACAAACUGCAACAAAAGAUGGAAUUUACACUAGGCAAGCCCCAAAGAUAGCUCCACGACGUUCACUACAACGUGGAUAUAAUGAAGCAAUGAUAAGACCUAUUGGCAUCACGGACCCCCAAAUACAACAAAAUGAAGCAAGGAAAUUAAAUAUCCCAACCGGCAUCGCAGGCCCCCUACUACCACAUUAUGAAGCAAAGAAUAGACCUAUUGGCACCGCAGGCACCCAGAUACCACAUGCUGAAAUAACCGGUGGAGUUGAAAACAAGCAAGCCCUUAAAAUAGCCCCGCGACUUUCACGACAGCGAGAACAAAAACCAAAGAAUAAUCCACAGGGAAAAUCUGUUGAAGUUCCAAACAUUUGUCUAUUUCAUUUACGCGGGAAAUGUUGGUAUAAGAAAUGUAAAAACGUUCACAGUCGUAUGUUGUACCAGUGGCAGUAUGAAGAUAACCAUGGUAAAUGGCAGGUUUUUGCAGAAGAAACUAAUAUUGAUAUUGAGAGGAACUAUUGUUCACCUGAUAUUAAAGAGGAGCAUUAUUACAAAACAACAGAAGGAUCUACACGCACUAUAAAGAGAAUUGAUUUUACCAACUUUGAGAAAAGUGAUCCCAAGAUCCGUCGAUUAUCAACACUGAGCUUUACCAGCGACACUAGUAACCUUGAUCUUCCGUUUACCACAAAAUGGAUAUGGUACUGGAAAUCAGAAGAUAGUUGGAUUCCUUAUGGGGAACAAGAUGGCAUUGGUUACAAGGCUAGUAUAACAUCCACAGAGAUUGAGAAGAGUUACCUAAAUGACACUGAUGUUACUGUAGAAUUCAAAACCUUAGCCAAUGCAUAUCUAAUUAAAUUCUUUGGUAUGGUCCAAGUAAAUAAAGACAUAGGUACGGAACGGAAACUUGCUAGAAGACCGGAAUUUGUGGAUAAGGCUGUUCUCAAACAGAGAAAAGAUAAAGUCAAACUCAUAAAGGAGGCUGAGAAACUUGCCACACCAUCGACAUGGGAAUUCUCUGGUGAUGUUUCCUCACAUUUUCGAAUGACACGGCUUUUAACAUGCAGUGAUGAAUAUACAGAAAUUAGAGAUAAAUUUUUAUUAGAUAUAUCUCAAUCAGAAGAAAAAUUUGUAGUACGAUCUAUUGAUAGAAUUGAAAACGUAGAGCUUUGGAGGGCAUUCCUUGAAGCCAAGGCUGCACUUAACAGAAAAUUGAAACGGCCAAUAGAAGACAUACGAUUGUAUCACGGUACUGACAAUAAUAUAGCAGAUGCUAUAGCUAGACAGGGAUUUGAUUGUCGUUUAGCAGGAAACAGAGUUGGUACCUUGUUUGGUAAAGGGGGUUACUUCGCCAAAACGUCACUUUUGUCAAACAGAUACUGCAACAACGACGACAAGGAGAGGAAGAUGUUUGUUGUCAGGGCCCUGUUAGGUGAUAGCAUCACGGGACAUCGAAGUUUUGCCCGACCACCCUUAAAGGAUCCGUCUAACCCAUCAAGUGAUCUGUAUGAUUCUUGUGUAGAUAAUGAGCAUAACCCUAUGAUUUUUGUUUUAUUUAAUAACAACCAGGUAUACCCUGAAUAUAUAAUCACAUAUAGGCCAAUUUAAAACACAGUUACAGGUAAGCCAAAACUGACCGUAAAAUUGAAUAAUUUGCACGUUAAAAUAUCCCCUUUAUAUCAGAAUUACUUUCAGCCCAUUGUAUGUCAAUGUCUUUCUAAUAUUUUCUUAAUUAAUCGGGGAAUUUACACAUUAUAGGAUAGAGAAAUUAUUAAAAUAUUGAUAUAAAAUAAUCACAUAUGGACGAUUAAUAUAAGGCUGGGGAUAUUUGCCACAUGUGGUAAGACAAUUCGGAGACUAUUUGCCACGUGGCAAAUCUCCGUACCGCAAUUAUCAACCGUACCGCAAUUGUCAACCGUUACCCGAUUUUUAUGAAACUUACAGAUCAAGAUAAUAAUAAUAUAUCAGAGUAGCCAAAAUUUCGACCACUUCCGGUCAGCAGUUUCCGAGACAUCGGAUUGCCACACAUUACAUGUGGCACGACUGCAGGCAGCAAUUACCAACCAAUUUCAAUGAAACUUGCAGAUUAUAAUUACAUUUAUAAUAUCUCAGAGUAGGCAAACUUUCGAUCACUUCUGGUUAGCAGUUUCCGAGAUAUCAGGUUACCACACAUUUCGUGUGGCACGACUGCAGACCGCAAUAAUUAUCAACCGAUAUCCACGAAAUUUACAGAAUAUGAUCACAUUAAUAAUAUCUCAGAGUAGCCAGAAUUUCGAUCAUUUCCGGAUAGCGGUUUCCGGGAUAUCAGGUUACCACACAUUUCACAUGGCACGACUGCAGACCGUAAUUAUCAACCGAUAUCCAUGAAACUUACAGAAUAUGAUAACAUUAAUAAUAUCUCAGAGAAGCCAACAUUUCGACCACUUCCGGAUAGCGCUUUCCGGGAUAUCCGGUUACCACACAUUUCACAUGGCACGACUGCAGACCGCAAUUACCAACCGAUUUCAAUGAAACUUAAAUAUUAUGAUUACGUUAAUAAUAUCUUAGAGUAGGGAAAGUUUCGGCCACUUCCGGAUAUCGUUUUCCGGGAUAUCAGGUUACCACACAUUUCAUGCGGCACGGCUACAGAAAUAAAAUGGGAUUUAACGUCCUACUGUUCUGCUCCUAAACUGGGCUAAUGAAGACGGCACGACUACAGACGGCAAUUAUUAUUAUCAACCGAUUUCAAUGAAACUUGGAGAUUAUAAUUACGUUAAUAAUAUCUCAGAGUAGCCAAAAUUUCGACCACCUCCGGUUAGCAGUUUCCGAGAUAUCAGGUUACUACACAUUUCAUGUGGCACGACUGCAGACCGCAAUAUUAUCAACCGAUAUCCAUGAAAUUUACAGAAUAAGAUAACAUUAAUAAUAUCUCAGAGUAGCUAAAAUUUCGACCACUCCCGUUUAGCUAUUUUCGAGAUAUCAGGUUGCCACACAUUUCAUUGAAACUUCCCGAAUAUGAUAACAUUAAUAAUAUCGCAGAGUAGCCAAAAUUUGGACCACUUCCGGAUAGCGGUUUCCGAGAUACCAGGUUACCACACAUUUCAUGUGGUAAUUGCGGUCUGCAGUCGUAAGGCUAUUUUGAAAUUCUUGCUAAAAACAUGUGGCAAAUAGCCACUGCGUUAAUAUAAUUUGGCUCUAACUUCUUAUUUGUAGGACAAUGUUGUGGGUUUUUUAAAAUGAAAAUUUAGUUAGCCUGUGGACACUAAAGACGCUGAAUAUAAUUAAUUUAGAUAUAGUCAAUAAUAUACGGUGAAAUUAUUAUUAUGCAGUUGGAAGAUUGUUGAUGAAAGGUUAUGAUGGUGUUGGAAACAAGGACACAUAUUAAGUACUCGUGUAAAAUAUUCAUUCGAGGGGGCUAAUAAUUGCUCGAGUAUAAAAUAAUUACUCAUAUUGACAGAAAGUAAUCGAAUUAAAGGACAAUAUUGGUGUCAGUCAUUAUCACAUAUGUGAUAGAACUGGUUAAACACUAAUAAUUCCUUCGAAGACCAAAAGUUGUUGUGCGAGACUGUGAGAGGAUAUCUGACAAUUUAUCAAAAGAAUUGACUGCCACUAGAUAAGAGAAUACGAAAGAAAAACAGAAAAAGUCCGUGCAUUACCAUGUUUUUAUAAGGUAUAGAAUGAAUAAAAAUGAGGGAAUGUACGGACUAUUUCUAUUUUUCUCGUGUUCUCUUAUCUAAUGACAUUCAAUUACUUUAUUGAAUUGUCAGAUAUCAUCUUACAGUCCCAUAUGACAACUUUUGGUCUUCGAAGGAAUUAUUAGUGAGCAGAAAUUCGGCCGUGUAUCUGAUAUCACUCGUCAUUUCAGUCAGUUAUAUAGAGGGAUAACUCGUGUUUUCCUUUGGCGUUCGUCACUUCCGAUUCGUGACACCUGUAUUGCUCAUCUAUCGUAGCAAUGACCUCUGUGUUAAACUUAUAUUUGGAAUGUGUUUAACCAGUUCUAUCACAUAUGUGAUGAUGACUGACACCAAUAUUGUUAUUUAAGAAUAUGUUGGUGGUAAAUGAAACACAUUCUAUGAUUGUGUAGAGUUAACUUUCUGUUCCUAGUUUUACUUUUAAAGAGCUAAACAGUUUUUAAAACUUGCUUGAAUUUGUUAAAACUUUCUCAGUGGGAUUUGUUAGCAUUGAUUUUAGAGUUAAAAUAUGCUACUUUGCUGCUGGUAGAAGUAUAGCAGUUGUAUAUUUCUUAUUACUUUAUAUAUUUUUCUUUACCAAUUAUUAUUAGACCUAUACAUAAGUGUAUUGUGUAAUAUAUAUUAUAUAUGCAUAGCCACGAUAUUGAUCGUCGGGUGCUUUUAAGGUCUUUGCAUGUCGGUAAAAAUAUAAUUUCGAUUUGCUGUGAUUUUAAUAUGCAGUGUAUAUAUACAAAACAAGAAUUCAUAUUAGAUUGUUUGCAAAAUUUGAGACAUAUCUUCCAAUGACACCUUGAUAUUUGCUUUAUAUUGUUACCGUAAAUGGUUAAAUAAGUUUUGAUAAUUUUUUUCAUUUGUUUAUUAUGUAAAUGUUUAUUUUCUUAAAUUUCUGCUAUAAUUGUGAUGGUUAUGGGUUUGUUUUGUAUAUAUAUAUAUAAUUAAUCGAAAAUACUUUGUUUCUUUGUAAAAGAAAACCCCAAUAAACAAACAAAUUCUAUAAUGUUAUUAUUGUUAUAUCAAAAACAAGUUGUAAUAUUAAAAUUUGGAAUAUUUUGUACGUGGGGAAUUUAUAAGAUUUUACAAUUAUAGCACAUUUACUUUAAAUCGUAACAAUAAAAGGGUAAAUAAAUAAAUAA